AUGGCGAGCGUCGAGGAGUCGACCGCCCAACCGGCGAGAUUCCCCGCUGAAGAUGAGGCGCUUGAGCUCGCGGGGGAGGCGAUGCCGGACAUGGGCUUCCAGGACAUCGAAAAGGAACACCUGAAAUCGAAGACCGUAAAUGAACAAGAAGGCGCUGUUCUUGACAAUGAGUGGUAUGACCUCUUGCAGAGGUGUGUAGAAAGUCCAGAGUUUUUGAAAAAGCUGGAGUCCAUCUGCACCUUUGCCAGCAAGGGUUCAACAGAUGAAGGGCAGGUUCCACGGGAACCGCUUUCGGAAGCUGAGAUGUUGGAGAGCUUGAAGGACUCGUAUGUCAUUGUCAGCCGGGAGGACGCUGUCGAGUCGAUGGCCCUUAUCAUCGCGUCCAGUGUCUCAAAGUGCCCAGAAGCACAGAAACUGGCCACCAAGGACCUGCACAGGGCAGUCGUGAAGGCCUGUAAGGACCUGAAGACCAGCAAAUUGAAGUCUGCGUGGCAGUGGAGCAAGUUCUUGUAUCGCGCAGUGGCGCUAGGCUACAGCGCCUUCCAAGUGUUUGAGCACCCGUGGCUGGUGCGCGCGAUUGCGCGCGCACUGUGGCAGGUCCCACGGACCAUGUGGAGCCUGCUGUUCUGA